AGCACUCACCAGUUAGGCCAUUCAGUCACCACGUACAACCGAAUCAAUCGGACCAUUCCACCUGCUGUUCUCCGCACGCUGAUACAGGUGAGAAGGAUGACGACAAUAGAUGAUCUACCGGACGAACUGUUACUGGAGAUCUUCGAGUACCUUCCCGCUGAAAACUUGUCCAUGACUGUUCCUCUAGUCAGCGCUCGGUGGGGGGCCCUGUCACAAAGAAUCUCACUGUGGAAGCAUCUGACCUUCACGCCACCAAUAAGCAUGUCUGACGAGGAAGUGGCAGAUGCCCUGCAAACAAUGCCUCACCUGAAAUCCUUCCGGCUUCAGCACGGAGACAGCAUCGAUUACAUUGUUAAGACUCUGUGUGAACACUGCCCGGAAAUACGUCAUAUCGUCAUGGAGAGAAAACGUGGUCCUAGCAUAGGGAAACUCUUCAGCAUUGUGCUACGAUAUAAGUACAUCGAAUGUAUCGAUGUAUAUAUUCCAGGAAUACUAUUCCAUAUCGAUUACACAAAGUUUUACGGAUCAGAGAGAGUCAGGCCCGUCACCCUAAUAAUAUACAAUGCAGUUUCUGCGGAUCUUCUAGAGGCGACGUAUGGGAAAGUGCGGGGGGAAGGAUGUAUUUACAUUAAUGCCUCACACGACGAAAUGAAACAAUUACUGACUGCUAGAGAAUACAUCCUAAAAUAUUUAACGUUCAGUUCUGGGAUCAUCAAGUCGCGAGAAAUGUCUAUGAUCUGCAAAUGUAAACAGUUGGUACGCCUGUUUUUGUACAUUGAUGGUUCGGAUGUCACAGUUCUUGAUCUCAACCUACUGACAGAACUUCAGAAUCUGGAAUGUUUUCAGCUGUGUAUUGCCCACCGGAUGGAAAUUCUGGAAACUCUAGUAACAGGACGUAAGAUGCUCCGUUUGCUGAAGAUGGAAAUCGUUAGCAAAGGUUCUGUUCCAAAUGAAAGCCUAGCUAUGAUGUUUGAGCUUUGUCCAAAUUUGCAGCAUCUUAAAGUCCAUACGUCUGACUUGACAGACGAAAGCUUCGCAAACAUCAGCACCUGCCAACUUUUGAAAUAUAUCGAUGUUUCUUUUAACAAACAGUUAACAGAUAUGUCCUUGAGAUAUAUAGUUAAUGGUUGCUCAGGAUUGAAAUUUCUCGAUGUUUCUUCUUGUUCGUCAAUGACAGAAGAAAUUGUAAACAUACUCAGUUCACUGAGACACAUUGAGGAACUGAGGCUGGACUACCAGAAUUUCAGUGCACAGUGUUUCAGGUCCAUUCCAACCCUGAUCCCGAAUAUCUAUAUAAUCAGCGUUAGAGAUUGUAUCCAUUUGGGCCCUACUGACUUCGAAGAAAUGACGUCAAAUUAUCCAAAUGUGAAGUGGAUGAAACAUCGCCGGGAGCAUAUCCCGAACGGCAGUGUGGCUAACUGGCCAUCCUGGACCUUCGGGGCUUUCUUAUUCUGAGAGACCCUUUAUGUUGUCUGUGCUGAACUAGAGUCUACCCAGAGCAUCAUUCAAUUUGCAUCCUUUUCAUGUGUGACUCACGUAUUGAGAUUUCAUCCACGUGAUGUGCAAUAUUCGAGAACUAUCACUGUCAGAAAUAAUUUUAGUAUUCAUUUGUUUUUAUCCUUUAAAAAGAUAACAUUUUAACUCAAAGAGUGUAUAAUUUUAUAUUCUUACUGUACUUCUUAACACAUCACAGUGUACGAAAAAUAAACAAUCUGGCUGGUUCUCGAAAA